UGCUGUUGUUGGUUCCAGAGACUUACAGUAGGACAGCGAAUAGUUUAACUUCUCCAAGGAAAGAUAACAGUCAUACACAACAACGACAUCUCAAAGUCUUUUAGACUCUAUCGAUGAUUACAUUAACAUGAAGAAAUUAACUCUGGUUCACAGGGUUACAGACUUAUGAUGCCAUCAACCUUCCAUUGCCAGAAAGUUUCAGGAAGAUGAAGGUCUUCACUCGUUGUUUUGUCAGUGACUCAGCUGUUCGGACAUCUGGGGGCCACCGGAUGGCAGUAAUAACACGCGGUUCGGUUGAAACCAGCGACGCAGUGUGUGUAAUUCUGCUUGUUGGCCACCAGGGUGUGUCUAUGAGCUGUGACUGAGUGGGAGGAGAAAAAGCGUCUGUCUCUGAAACGGAGGGACGGAGACACGCCGUGUGAACAACAUGUGGAGGUCCACAGAGGUGGCGUCACGUGACCUCCUCGCUGUCUCCCCCACAGGACUGCUCAGUGCCAGCUCAGUGCUAACACAUAGUAACAGUGUACCUCAAGAGUCAGUGGUCACACCCCAGGACAGUCAGCGAAGGAGAUUGGCCCGUGGCUCUAAAGACGGGAGAUCGAAGCCGAGAACGGAGCAUCAUGAGCACCGUCACCCUCGGCCCUUUGACCCAGACAGUUAUUUCACCACGCCGAGGGUAUUUAAUGGCUCUCUGUUGGUGCACAACCCGCUGUACCCGGUGACCGGUGAGUCGUACGGAGCGUACGCUGUGAUGCUGUUAGCGCUGGUGGUGUUUGCAGUGGGUGUGGUCGCCAACCUGGCCGUCACCUGCGCUGUGUGGCACAACCACUAUCUGCAGAACGCUCACAACUGUGUCCUGGCCAGUCUGGCACUCUGGGACCUUGGUGUGAUCUUCUUCUGCCUUCCGGUCGUCAUCUUCCACGAGCUCACCAAGAGAAGACUAAUGGGAGACUUGUCCUGCCGCCUUGUACCGUAUAUAGAGGUGACAUCUAUGGGAGUAAGCACCUUCAGUCUCUGUGCUCUGAGUGUUGAUCGCUUCCAGACAUUAACAAGCUCCUCCCCCUCUUCCUCCAAGACCCCCGAGUCUUUCAGCUCCAUCGUGUCAAAGCUAUCAGUGAUCUGGGUGGGCUCUCUGCUCCUCGCCGUCCCCGAGCUCAUGAUCUGGCAUUUGGAGACAGAGCUGUCUCGUGUCUCGCACCUCCCUGUUGACUCGUGUGUUCGUCUGCCACCUUCAUCUCCACAUUUCUCAGAAUCUGUCUAUUCCCUCGUCGUGACAUACCACGAGUCGCGAAUGUGGUGGAUCUUCGGUUGUUUUUUCUGUCUGCCUUUGCUCUUCUCGUUCUCGUGCCAUCUUCUGACGAGCCAGAUUUCUGACGGUAAUGUCACCUCCCCGUCCUGUCCUGCAUCCUCGUCUUCCACCUUGUCCAAGAAGCUUGUCACCAUGCUAGCGAUCUUUUAUGGAGUGUUCUGCCUCCCUGAACAUGCCUGGAACAUCAGCCUUACCUAUGCCGGGGUGCAGGUGAACGGCGGAAUUCUGGCACUGCUGGCUCUGAUUGGUCAGUUCCUGAUGUUCGUCAGGGCCUCGGCCACGCCCGUUUUGAUCCUCAGCUUGUGCCGAUCGUUGGGGCAGAGCUUUGUGGACUGCUGCUGUUGCUGCUGUGAAGAAUGUCUGCCCAACAAACCUUCAUCACCAUCACUGGCAUCAUCAUCUGUGUCGUCGUCAUCAUUGUCACCAGUUUUGGAGAAAGAGAAAAAGUCGCAGGUCGACUUUGAGAAGAAAGUGAAAGAGAAUUUAGCGGAGAUGGCUAUAGAAACUCCAUGCUGAGACAUCUCCGUCCUGAUCUCAGCACCAGAACAAAUACAACAGAUCAGAUGGACUUCAUUCACACUCAUAUAUCCCGACUUCUACUGACUCCACCCACUUAAUCAGUGGAGUAGUGAACUGGACCGUGUAAACAGGGACACACUGCCGAAUGGAGCCACAGCUACAGUUUUUUAUUCUAAUGACCGUAACACUAAUGAGCUGUUAAAUACUUAUUCUUAUGUGCUAUUAUCUUUCUUUGUUCCUUUAGCUGUAUGCAACUAAAUACAAACUUAUUUUGUGAUUUUAGUUUUGAGGAAUAAAAACAUGCUGGACAUUUUGUUC